AUGGCGUCUCUCAACUCGCUCCAUCGUGCUGGAAACUCCAUUCUCUCUCCUACCCACUUCAAACUCCGAAUACCACCGCACCCUUCUCACCACACCUUCAAACCCCCCUUACCCUCCUCUCCCACAACGUCAUCCGUCAAACCUCUUUGCACCUACGCUGUACCAAACAACACCAACCCCAAAAUCCAUCGCCGCCAAAACAAUUUUUCUCAACGCCAAAACACUAACACCCGUUACAAACCCCAAACACUACCAGCCCCUCCCAUCACUAUAAAUGAAAACGACCCAUCAUAUAUAAGCUCGAAUAACCCUCCACCAAAUGCUGAUUUGUUGGCUUUGUGCCAUGAAGGUAAGAUUAAAGAAGCAAUUGAUUAUAUGUCACAACGUGUUUGUCCCGAUUGCCGGACUUUUGAAACUCUAUUAGAUUUUUGUUGGAGUUCAAAGUCGCUUGAGCUAGGGAAAAAAGUUCAUGAAUUGUUGACUAGGUCACCUUAUGGUAAUAAUGUUGAGUUGAACAAUAAGGUGAUUGAGAUGUAUGUGAAAUGUGGGAGUAUGAGAGAUGCACGUAAAAUGUUUGAUAAAAUGCGGGAGAGAACUAUGGAUUUGUGGCAUUUGAUGAUAGAUGGGUAUGCAAAUAAUGGGGAGGGUGAUAAGGGGCUGCUUUUGUUUGAGCGAAUGAGGAAAUUGAGGUUGAGGCUCAAUGGCGAGACUUUCGAUGUGGUUUUAUUGGCUUGUGCUAGUGAGCAGGCUGUGGAAGAAGCAUUCAUAUACUUUGAUUUGAUGAAGAAUGAGUACGGAAUUGUUCCAGGGAUCGAGCAUUAUCUGGGGGCUCUCAAUGUUCUUGGAACCUCGGGGCAUUUGAAUGAAGCUAUGGAAUUUAUUGACAAUAUGCCAAUUGAGCCCACUGCUGAAAUUUGGGAGGCUUUGAUGAAUUUCUCUCGAAUACAUGGAGAUAUUGAGCUUGAAGACCGUGCUGGGGAAUUGUUAGUUGCACUUGAUCCGUCUAAGGCAAUGGCUAACAUGGUUCCUGCACCAUUGCCAAAGAAAUGUUCUGGGACCAAUAUGCUUGAGGGGAAGAAUAGGGUUAGUGACUAUCGGAGUACAAAUCCAUACAAGGGAGAUGCGUACAAUAAAUUGAAAGGCUUGAAUGGCCAGAUGAGGGAAGCAGGGUAUGUGCCAGACACAAGAUACGUGCUACAUGACAUUGAUCAGGAAGCCAAAGAGCAGGCUCUGAUGUAUCACAGUGAGCGAUUGGCUAUUGCAUAUGGUUUGAUUAGCACUCCGGCAAGGACAACACUUAGGAUCAUUAAGAAUCUUAGGAUAUGUGGUGACUGUCACAAUGCUAUCAAAAUCAUGUCGAAGAUUGUUGGUAGGGAGCUGAUUGUUAGAGAUAACAAGCGGUUUCAUCAUUUUAAGGAUGGUAAAUGCUCUUGUCGGGAUUACUGGUAA